AUGAAGAUAUGUCUACGCUAUCUUAGAGACCCUGGAUAUCAACAAGGUAUUGGUCAGGAACUUGGUGUUAGUCAAGCAACGGUAUCUCGGACUGUGGAUAGAGUUGUGAACAGCAUAGUUGCACAGUCGAAUGAAUGGAUCAAGUUUCCAACUACUAACCAUGAACUGAUGGAGGCCAAGUGGAUAUGGCAAAGCAUGUAUAAAUUUCUGACAGCAAUUGGUGUAAUUGAUUGUACACAUAUAGGAAUCAUGAAACCAAAUCACCAUGGAGAUGAGUAUAUUAAUCGAAAAGGGAAACCUUCUUUAAAUGUGCAAGCCACUUGUGAUGCCAGAGAGAUGUUCACAAGUGUUGAUGUCAGUUGGCCUGGAUCAGUGCAUGAUUCCAGAAUAUGGAGAAAUUCAGCUAAUAAAUGAAGCAAAUGUUGUACUACUUGGCGAUGACGGUUAUGGUAUUGAGCCAUGCCUUAUGACUCCCUUCAGAAAUCCUACUCCAGGUGCAGAAAUAAAUUAUAAUAAGCUUUUAGAAAAGAAAGAGUUUUAAUUGAACGCUGAUUCGGUCAACUGAAACGCCGGUUUCCUAUCCUAGACUAUGUUUGCCGCGCAAAGUUGGAAAAUGUGGCGAAAAUAAUUAUUGCUUGUAUUGUAUUCCAUAAUGUUGCGAAGAGCUUGGGCGAUCCUGACUUUGAGUUAGUUGAACAAGACCCAGAUGAAGAUGAAGGAAAUCAUGAGAAUGACCAACUUCCUCUCCGCCAACUAGGUCAACAAAUAAGAAGAAACUUGAGUAUUAUAAUAAAUAGUUUUACUGAUUAAAGUUUUAUUUUCGUGAACAUCAUAAGUC